AAGACUUCAGACCUCUUUACCCUCCUCAUCCUCCGCCCCGUCCCCAUCCCGCUCUUCCUUCACUUCCAUCUUUCAUUCAAUCCAGCUGCGAUCGUUUGACGAUCCGUAGUUAUAUGGAUAAAAGUGGUGGUACGGGAGUGCUCACCUUGGACACAUCGGCUCCUCUUUUCCUCGCUUCUUCUCUGAGCUACGGCGGUGGUGCACUCAAGCGAAAGCAGCCCAUGGACUCCAGCGGCCACCCUAUGGUCAGCACCGGCAUCGAGUUCCCGAUCUGCCUCAACCCCCGCAGAGAUGUCCGGACGAUGUUGCUGGCGAAAGAUGAGGUGAGCAACGACGACCGCGUUGCUGUGGGUGAGGUGGAUUUCUUCUCGGGUGAGAAGAAGAAUUCGAGAAGCCUGGUGGAGACAGAGCUGGAUCUCAAGGUGCCGAGUCUUAGUAGUAUCAAGAAGGAAGAUCUCACCAUUCAGACUGGAUUGCACCUUCAAACUCCCAACACGGCCAGUGAUCGGUCGACAGUGGACGACGGGUCGUCGAAGAAUGAGGAUGAUAAAGAAGGCAUGAAUGAGCUGGCCGCCAUGCAAGCGGAGGUGGCACGCAUGAAGGAAGAGAACCAGAAGCUGAGGGCAGUUCUCGGCCAAGUGACCACCAGCUACAACUCCCUGCACAUGCAUCUCACCACACUGAUGCAACAGCGGAACCAACGAGAGACCGCAACCCCGCAAGCACAUGAGGCUAUGGUGGAGGAAAAGACUGAUGCCAAAGAUCGCGACCAUGGAGGAGUGCUUGUCCCGAGGCAGUUCAUGGAUCUCGGCCCAGCAGCCGACGACGAAGAAACGUCGGACUCGUCGACGGCAAGCCCCGAUCGAUCCGCCUCGCCACCGGGAAACGCUGAAGUAGGAUCGGCAGAACAGAGCUGGAACCCCCAUAAGGCUCAAAAAUUGAACCCCACAAAGCCUGCUGACCAUGCCCAAGAAGCCACCAUGAGGAAAACUCGUGUCUCUGUUCGAGCUCGUUCGGAAGCGCCCAUGAUUACCGAUGGAUGUCAAUGGAGGAAGUAUGGGCAGAAGAUGGCGAAGGGAAACCCGUGCCCGAGAGCUUAUUACAGGUGCACCAUGGCAGCCGGUUGUCCCGUCCGCAAGCAAGUUCAACGGUGUGCCGAUGAUCGUUCGAUACUGAUAACAACAUACGAGGGCACUCACAAUCAUCCGCUCCCACCGGCCGCGAUGGCCAUGGCGUCGACCACCUCUGCCGCAGCGUCGAUGCUCCUCUCCGGGUCGAUGUCGAGCACUGACGGACUGAUGAACUCGAACUUCUUGGCAAGAACCAUCUUGCCGUGCUCGUCGAACAUGGCGACCAUCUCCGCGUCUGCUCCGUUCCCGACCGUCACGUUGGAUCUCACCCAAAACCCGACGAACCCUUUGCAGUACCAAAGGCCACCUGCCGGCCCGUUCCACGUCCCCUACCCUGGCGCCGCUCCGGCCUUCAGUGCGCCUUCUCAGCCCCCGUCCCUACCGCAGGUCUUCGGCCAGACGCCACACAACCAGUCGACGUUCUCAGGGCUUCAAAUGUCGCUGGAGAUGGCAGCCGCCCAGUUCCCACACCCAAAGGCGCAGCCAGUCAUGCCACCCUCGAUGGCGGAAACGGUGAACGCAGCGACCGCUGCCAUAACUGCCGACCCGAACUUCACGGCCGCGCUGACUGCCGCCAUCAAGUCCAUCAUCGGCGGCAAUCAUCAGACCGUCAACGGCAGCAAUCUUAUCAUCAACAACAACAACAUUAUUCCCGAUAAAUCUUGCAGCUAGCCCUGCAGUUGCAAUUUUCCGGCCACGGUUGGUUGCUGUUGAACAUACAUCGCUCCUUCCCUUUUUCCCUUCGUGAUCAUUCUUUUACAUAUUCAUUUGUUUGACGGAGAACUAGAAGACCAUGUAAUCAUACGUGUUAUUUGGGGCGGUGCAAGAAAACAGAGAACUGCAUUACUUCCCCUUC